ACAACCCACUCCAUCAUUUCCGUGAGAGAGAGAGCGAGUGAGGGAGCAUCACCGCUAGGAUCACUGUGUGCGUGUUUAAAGUGAUCAUGGAUAAAACAUGUCAGCUGACUGUUUAACGGAUUCACAGAGUUUUUACUGGCACUGUUUCGGUUUUCUGAACUUUCUGGUUUUAACUUCUCUUGUGGAAUAGUGUCUAAUCUGAACAUAAUCUCCACCCCAUGGUGUCUUUAGGAGCUCCAAGUGUUCCCGGUUACAUGGAGACGACCUGUCGGAUUUUCACGCUUUGAACAGCCUGCAAACAAACAAACAAAGAAACAAACAAAGAGUUACUGGACGUUAUGAACGAAACCAAAAACGAUUGUCACGACACACAGACGGUGGGCAUUAACGCAAGCCCGGUGAUCAGCGCGCUCAUGUUCGCGGCGGGUGUUCUGGGCAACGCAGCCGCGCUCGUGCUCCUCGAGGUGCGGCGACGGAAAGAGCGUAGCCGCAAGCAGCACGAGCACCACCGGCGCACCUUGUUCCACGUGCUCGUGUCCGCGCUCGUGGUCACCGAUUUGGCGGGCACGUGCUUGAUCAGCCCUCUCGUGCAAGCCGCGCACGCGCUCAACACCUCGCUGAUCGCCAUGAGCGCGAGCGAAAACACGAGCGCGUGCCACUACUUCGGCUUCGCCAUGACCUUCUUCAGCCUGGCCACGCUCUCGCUGCUGCUCGCCAUGGCGCUCGAGCGCUACCUCUCCAUCGGAUACCCGUACCUGUACGGGCGGCGCGUGAGCACGCGCUGCGGUUACGUCGCCAUCCCGUGCGUGUACGCACUGUGCGCGCUCUUCUGCUGCAUGCCCUUCUUUGGCUUCGGCAGGUACGUGCAGUACUGCCCCAGCACCUGGUGCUUCAUCGACAUGAGCCCUGCAGACAGAGCGAACCAGGUGUUCGCCAACGUCUACGCCACCGUCAUGCUGCUCAUGGUACUCGCGAUAACCGCGUGCAACUGCUUCGUCGGAUAUCACCUGGUGCUGAUGUACCGCAGGCGCGCGGCGAGCCGGGGAACCUCGAGCACGCGCAGCUGGAAGGAGCGCAGACCUUUUUCUCUCUCACAGGAAGUGGAGUAUCUCAUCCUAUUAGUCAUCAUGACGGUUAUAUUUGUCAUAUGCAGCCUUCCCUUAAUGAUCCGAGUGUACAUUAACACUAUACAGAAUCACAGUGAGAGCAAGACUGACCUUAUCGCACUGCGCUUCAUCUCCAUCAACUCCAUUAUUGACCCAUGGGUGUUUAUCAUCCUCAGCCCCUCGAGGGUACGUUUUCUUUUGGGGGCAUUGUGCAAAGCCGGAAACAGGAACUCAAUCUACAGGACUUCGCUGGCGAAAAACUCCGAAGGGACGCUCGAUCAGUGCCAAAACAUCACCGUUCACCCCGAGAUCACACGUCUGAGCAAAUCCGCUCAGAUGAUAUGACGAAGGAUUUUACAUGAGACUGAAAAACAGAUGAAUGUAUUUCCCAAACCCUGAGGAAGCAUGUAGGGUUUGAUGAAAUUGUCUUUUAUUCAAAGCUGAUUUCAUGUCCCUAAAUGUCAGGCCAUUUUGAUUGGCAGGGAUAUGAAUUCCAUGGUGAACAAGGCCUGGAGAGGAUGUUGCUGUUGCUCUUGUUGCUGUGUUUUUUGAAAGCACUAAAGAAUUUUUUUUUCUAAAUAAAGACUGAAUUUGCUCAGCUCUUUAAAAAAUAACACGACUGACAACAUGAAGUUCUAGAUUAAUUUUUAAGCCGCAUGACAUGACUAUCAGGAAAAGUUCCAUAUGUUGUAUAUCAGAGAGAGGCCCAAUAUGAUAUGUUAUUGUUAUAAAAACAUCUAGGAUGGACAAAUGGACCAAGUUCAUUCCUUAAAGACUGUGUGUUGUUGUGCAUGACUCAGCGUUGACUCUUUUACAGUACUUCAUGGGGAAUCAGUGGAAAACCUAAUCUUGUUCUCCAAAGCAAGUCAUGCGAGUUGUAGACUUCAUGGGAGGAUCAAUAAAGCCAAACCGCAGGGACAAGUCACUGUUAUGUCGCAAGGACAUAAAUCGUUUAUUGAGAUUUAAUUGCAGUGACACUACGUUACAUGUUCAUCUGCCCUUAAGCUGUUGUGCUAAAUUGUGAAUCUGUUAUUAAUUUAAAUGUGAGUUACUCAUUUCAGACCAUUCGUGUGCCAAUGUGUUUGUGUUUUAAUGUUCUAUGUAUGGUAUGAUGUUGCUGAAUAUGUGUUGUAUAAAUUGAUGUGUAUUAUUUCAGGAAGCUGAUCUAUGGGUUCAAAAUGUACCUCAUUCCAUGCAGUACUGAGAUUGUAUUUGCACUGAGCUGUGAAAAAUGUCAAGCUUGUUUUUGUGACUCUUUGAUUAAUACAGUGUAUGAAGCAUUGUUGUGAAACUAUGGGUCAGGUUCAUUUGACUUCUCUCAACAGCUUUGAUUAAUCUACAGAGUGGGAAGGCAGGGGGGAAAAAAACUUGAUUUAUUGCCAGAGCUGUAAUAUUGUGUAAUAUUGAAAUACUUGUCUCGUCUUCAUCCGCUUUAUCCGGGGAUGGGUCGCGGAGGCAGCAGUCUGAGCAUGAAAUACUUUGGGAUUUAUUUUUCUCACUACAAAAGAAUUCUGGUUUUUGCUGGCACUCGUAGUUGGUUCUACCAUCAAAAACCUAUUGGACUGAAACCGAACAUCUGUUGAUUGUUGGAGGAUUUGCAAAGGUUUUUCAGAAAGAGUAAAAUCAUAUCCGUGAGUCAUCCAUCUGAGGAAAAUGGUGGGAAUGUGGUAAUAUCAAUAUCAGAAGUAUAUCCUAGCUUUUCUGACACUCAAUUUCACUGUUACUGUAUUUGGGACCAAAUUUCUGCCUUCCAUCCAAAACAUGAUUGCAGCCAAAGAUUACAAUUACUCAUUUUACUUCUGAAAAGAAUAAACAGUACUUUGACAAAGCCGAUUGAAGAGACUGAAAUCCUUGUGAGCGUUCCUCUCCUGUACUGUUGGUGCCAUGUUAAUUACCAGAAAACUUACCAAAUAUGUUUUCUUGAUAUUUAUAUCAAAUGCAACCCUUUCUCUAUUCUGGAGAGGGCUCAAACUGUUUAAGAGCACACAAGCCUAGCUGCUUUUCAUGUCCUCCUGGGUAAAGGAUCCCUCAGGGUUUCAUCAGGAGGAGAUCUUUUGCUAAUCUUAGCGACACUUACUGCCAAGAUAAACUUCCCAGCUGUCCUGUAAUGUAGCUAGUUAAGAUAUCUAUGAGACAGCAUGACAGGAAUGAUCCACUGCACUACUGCCUAUCGAAUAAACUAUAUAUUAUACACAAAA